GGAGAGCGGCUGCCGCAGCAUGGGCAUUCAGCUCGUCAGCACAUAAUGCUCCCAUGCGCCUCCAUCGGCCCUGUCCCCGUGAAGCUCCUUCUCUGCCGUGACUUCCUUGGCCAGGUGCAAGAGAAGUCUUCCUGCUUGACGGAACUAAAAUGUGACCUCCUGGAGCACCAUGGAGUCCUUCGUGGUGGUAGCGGAGUACGACUCUCCCCCCAGUUCCACAGCAGGCCAGCCGGAGGGGCUGGCAGAUGAGGAGCCCAUGGAGCCAUGCGAGGAGCAGCCCCUUCUGGGCCCGGUUCCUGGAGGUCGCGAAGAACCAGGCCCGGCCGACCCUCCGAGGGCUUCCUCCAGAGAGAUCAGGGAACCUUGGAUCAAAGUCAACCUUUCAAGUCGCAAGCUGUCUCUGCAAGAGAGGUCUCCCUCCGUCCAGUCCCCCAGCGGGAACAUGGGGGUCAACGGGCGCUACAUUUACCCUUCCCUCCCUUACUCCCCCGUCACCUCCCCACACUCUUCCCCACGUCUGCCCCGCAGGCCCACCAUCGAAUCCCACCGAGUUUCCAUCACCGGAUUACAGGAUUGUGUGCAGCUCAAUCAAUACACUCUGAAGGAUGAAAUUGGAAAGGGCUCCUAUGGUGUUGUGAAGCUGGCGUACAAUGAAGAUGACAACACUUACUAUGCAAUGAAAGUGCUUUCCAAGAAGAAGCUGAUGAGACAAGCGGGUUUCCCACGCCGCCCUCCUCCUCGGGGUGCCAAACUGCCCUUGGAAGGCUUCUGCCAACCCAGAGGACCCAUUGAGCAGGUCUACCAAGAGAUCGCCAUCUUGAAGAAGCUGGACCACCCAAACAUCGUCAAGCUGGUGGAGGUAUUGGAUGACCCCACGGAAGAUCAUUUAUACAUGGUGUUUGAACUUGUGAAAAAGGGGCCAGUGAUGGAAGUUCCCAAUCUGAAGCCUCUGACUGAAGACCAGGCACGAUUUUAUUUCCAAGACCUGAUCAAAGGCAUUGAAUACUUACACUACCAAAAAAUUAUCCACCGGGACAUUAAACCUUCCAACCUUUUGGUGGGCGAAGACGGUCACAUCAAAAUUGCCGAUUUUGGCGUGAGUAAUGAAUUCAAAGGAUCGGAUGCCCUGUUGACCAACACGGUGGGCACGCCAGCAUUCAUGGCCCCAGAGACGCUCUCCGAAACCAGGAAAAUAUUUUCAGGAAAGGCUUUAGAUGUCUGGGCAAUGGGAAUCACGCUGUAUUGUUUUGUCUUCGGACAGUGUCCUUUUAUGGAUGAGCGGAUCCUUAGUCUGCACAGCAAAAUCAAGAGCCAGAUGCUGGAAUUUCCGGACCAACCAGACAUUUCUGACGAACUGAAGGAUCUAAUAACCCAGAUGCUGGACAAAAAACCCGAAUCCAGGAUCACCAUCCCAGAAAUUAAGCUGCAUCCGUGGGUCACCAAGAACGGCACCGAGCCGCUGCCGACCGAGGAUGAAAAUUGCACGCUGAUCGAGGUCACCGAAGAAGAGGUGGAGAAUUCAGUCAAGCACAUUCCCAGCUUAGCCACCGUGAUCCUGGUAAAGUCCAUGAUCAGGAAAAGAUCCUUUGGGAAUCCGUUUGAGGGGAGUAGAAGAGAAGAAAGAUUUCUUUCUGCACCAGACCGGCAUACGUACUUGAUCAGGAAACAGAGCAGCGAAGAGGCUUUCCACACCAUGAACGAUCUGCCAAACGUGAGCGAAGACGAACUGCUUUCUUGAAAAAAGGAAAAACCCUGGCCCUUCCUGUAAGAGAGAUCCUGCUUAGCUCACCGUGCCUGGUGUGCGAAAAGAAGGUGUUCUGCAGACGGUUGAGCCGGCUUGCAGGACGUCGGUUCAUUGUUUAAAUACCAAAUGUAAAGAUUUUCGUGACAGCAUGCUGUACAGAUCAGAAUCCAUUCUAUAACCAUCCAAAAAGAUCUCUGCUGAUUAAAGACAGGGUGUGGAACCCUGAAGGAUGAUCUUCAGGCUCGCUGGUCGUCCUCCUCCAGCGGUGAAGCAUCGUGCUGACUUUCCGGAAAAAGCAAAAAAAAAAAGAAGCAAAGAACUCACCCAAAAUGAAACCAAGUUUGGGAAGAAACCUACAUCUGCUCAGGCCAAAUCUUUUGCAAAAAA